UGUCAGUCUCUAUGGCGACGGGACAGCUAAUGCUUUUAGAGUUGCAGACAGCAAGAGAUUAUGUGCACGUAGCAGGUGUUGCCCCGCAGACUGACAGGCUCAGUGUGUAUGUGACACCUUUAGAUGGUGGAAAAGAGGCAGCACAUUUAUUUGCAUGUUCGGUUUGACCGUAUUUUCACUCCUCGGGAAUAGUAACGCACGAACCAAUGAUCAUGAGUGAGGUGGUUUGCACGAAAUCCCAGGAAGUGUAUGAGGACGACUUUGAGAAGGAUCUGGACUGGCUGAUCAGUGAGGAAAGUCGGAGUGAGGAGCAAGGUCCUAACUAUGACAACAUUGAAGCGGACAUUGACAAAGAGCUGGCCGAGGAUGAGAAACAACUUAAAGUGAAGGAGAGAAGCAACGACUCUGAUGAGCAAGAGGACGAUGAGGAGAGGUGGCCCUCACCGAUGGACCCACUCGAGUACGAUUUGGACAGAGACGGCCUCGAUAAGUCCUUUCAUGCAACACCGCCUCCUUUGGGUGUGGGUGAGCAGACGGAUGAGGAAAAGAAAUACAUCCGGGGGAAAAUCCAACAAGCCAACAAGGAACUGCAGGAUCAAGAAGCUCCAAAUUUGAGCCGCAGGCGGCGACUUCAGUUUAAAGAGACACUGGUUACCUUAGCAGUGCCUCUGUUGCAUUCGGAAAAUGACACCAGAGAGGUGGAUGACGCAGAGAUUGAAGUGUCAGGGAGGUUGUCUGAGCUGAAACUGUCCCCUCGAGAGGAGCGUCAAGGUGGGAUGAGAGAUGAAGGGCCAAAAGAAGGAAGGGUCCUUGUGGAAAAAGAUGGCAGGUUUGACCUCGUCAGCCUCAAAGAGGUGGAGAGUCAAGGCCUUCUCCCUCCAAUCACACCAGAACACACAGGCAGCCUCAAGAAGAGCCCAACUUCCCUCCCCUCUACUCACUUGCCCGUCGGAGCUACUUCCGAUCGCAUGCGAGCACCCCGACCUCCGGGAAGGCCAAGCUCGGCCUGCCAUAGCCACAGAGGAGGUCAGAAGAGAGGAACCAAGAGGCGAGUGCAGUCAGCCAGCGAGGUGCCCUCCCAGGCCACGUUCAAGCUAUCACCUCAUCAGAAGGAACUGCUGCUCAAGGUCCAGGAGAGGAAGGAGAAGAUGGCCAGAGAGGCCGAGCAGAGGAAGCUGGAGGAAGAUAAACAGAAAAAGCAGGAGAACGAUUUGGCGUUCAAGGCCUGGCUGCUGAGAAAGAGAGAGCAGCUGCAGCAAGAGAGGAGAAUCCACAAGGCUCAGGAGAUGGAGAAAAUGAAUUUGCAGAAGGGCUCCAGUGAACCGGAGGCUUUCCGGCACUGGCUGCAGAGGAAACAGGAGCAGCAACAGCGAGAGAAGCAGCUCGUGCAGCUGAAGAGGUUGGAGGAGGAUGGCGGUUAUCUCCUCCGAAGCCGAGAGGAGUGCGAACGUGCCUUCAAGCUAUGGCUGAACCGAAAGCGGGCGGAGAAGAGGGCGGAGGAACGGGCGGCUCGGGAGCGGUCGCGUAGGUUUGUGGUCGAGGAGCGGCGGGCGCGGCGCAUGCGCGAUCUGCUGUGCACGGCCAGCGACACCAGGACGUUCAGGUUUACCGAUCAGCUCACCUGUCACUUCUGAAGCGGGUCGACCAACGCCCUUCAUUUUCCAGGUUUGGAACGGUCUGCAAUAAACAACGUACAACCCCCCCCCCCCCCCAUUGUUUAUAUUAUCGGGGUUUUCAUAGAAAUACUCUGUGUAAUUUAGUCUUUAGCACAGACCAUCUAUUUGAGCAUUUAUUAAAUAUCUAUUGGCUGAAAUCUGUCCCACCAGAAACUUAACUGAAUAAUUCACAUUUUAAUUUGUAAUUUUGAAUUAAUACGUUGAAAAGCUGCAUCUGAAUUUCAAUUCAUUAGUUUGGAUGCAUGCAUUAGUUAGCAUGUCGUCACAGUGCAGAGGUCCAGGAUUUUGGCUCCUUCUUGUUUGGAUGAAUAAAUGCUCAAAUGGCUGUUUUAACGCUGUUCCGUAAUUAUUCAAUAUCCUUCGUAAGGAGGAUGCUAGUGCAUGACACGUGCCUAUGACUCUGGCCUAAGAGUGCAUCUCAUGAUUUUUUUGAAGUCGAGUUUUGAAAAUCACCAAUAAGACAGUCAUUCUAUACUCGCGUGCGGAAUCGUCUUAUUGAUGAGUAGAAGUGUAGUUUCACACUUAAAGUACUGCAGCAGCCAGGGCCAUCUGUAUUUUGAUAAUUCAGUAUUAUGAAAUCUUUUUUUAUACUUUAGUUGCUGAGAUGUUCUCAAGAAAGAUGACCUGUCUUGUUAUGGAAAAUUGAAUUUGUAUUGUUGAUAUUCUUUGUUAUAUUUUAAAUUAGUUCAGGUUUUGCUUCACUGUUUUCUUAAAGCACAUCCACCACAGUGACCACUCAGCAUUCCACGUGUACAUUAUUGUCAGAAUUUCAAUUGGGACAAAAACAGCAAUGUUAUUUAUCUUAAAAAGCAAACUUGUGUUGACACAUGGCAUUUACAGAUGCAAAAAUGACUAUUAAAUCUGAAUCUGUAGGAGCAAUUUGUGUUCCAGCACAAUUAUGUGAGUCUGCAUGUGAGAGUAAGCAAAAAAAAAAAAAAGACCUACCGACACUAACCGUCUAUAAUUUAUUAGGGCCUGUAAACAUACAAGUUUGUGCAUUUCAUCAUUAAAUAUCAGUGAAACCCAAAGUGUAGAACCUCGCCCAAUCGGAUUAAAGCUCUUUGAAUCUCUGCAGAACAACAAACAAUACAUACCCCCCCC